AUGGAAAUAAAGAUAAAAUCCUGUGAAGUGAAAGAACUCGGCUUCCUGGCAUGGCUGAGACAGGAGGCACAGCAGAAGAAAAUGGUCAUGGUUGUUGUGUUCAUUGCCUUGCUCCUGGAUAACAUGCUACUCUCAGUAGUUGUACCAAUACUUCCCAUUUACUUGUAUACAAUUGAUCAGCUUGCCAUGGAGGCUGCGGAGAACAACAUUAAUUUAUCAGUAGGUUCAUCUAUCCUCUGGUCCGUUGAUAACAGCUCAGUGGAUUUGAACUUCACAUUCACGCCUCCGAGUUUGGCUCCCUCUACUGAUUCAUCCAUCAGGUCCCAGAACUCCUCGGAUCCCAGUUGCUCCACAGCAGAUCCUCUGCUGGAUCAAGAAAACAUCAAAGUAGGAGUGCUGCUGGCCUCCAAGGCCACCGUACAGCUCAUCACCAACCCCUUCAUCGGGCUGCUUACUAACAGGAUAGGAUACCACCUCCCCAUGUUGGCUGGUUUCUGUAUAAUCUUCUUGGCAACCAUCUUGUUUGCCCUAUCAUCGAGCUACAUCUUACUGCUACUGGCCAGAUCAAUACAAGGUGUGGGCGGCUCAUGCUUGUGUGUUGCUGGGAUGGGGAUGCUGGCCAGUGAGUUCACAGAUAUCAAGGAGCGAGGGAGUGCUUUGGGGAAAGCCUUCAGUGGUAUAGCCUUAGGAUUGGUGGUGGGCGCCACCCUGGGCAGUGUGAUGUACCAGUCUGCAGGGAAGUCAGCGCCCUUCCUGCUCCUGGCUGGCAUGGCUGUGUUGGGUGGAGCUUCACAUUUCCUCAUCUUCAAACCAUCAAGACUGCUGUCGAAGAGCACAGAAGGGACGCCACUGCUGACUCUGAUGAAGGAUCCAUACAUUCUCAUUGCUGCCGGAGCCAUUUGUUUAGUGAAUCAGACUCUUGCCACGAUAGAGGCGACCUUACCCAUCUGGAUCAUGAAAACCAUGUGUGCAAGCAACUGGCAGCUCGGUGUUGUCUUCCUGCCGGAUAGCCUGUCCUACCUGGUUGCCUCCAACAUCCUCGGAGUCCUGGCUCACAGAAUCGGGAGGUGGCUCUGUGCCUGUUUUGGAAUGCUCCUACUGGGAAUCACCACCAUUUACUUUGGAUUGGCCCAGAACAUCUACCAUGUGAUGGCUCUAAAUGCAGCUGUUGGCUUUUCAAGUGGCAUGGUGGAGUCCAUGCUGAUGGUUGAGAUGAGCUCCCUGGUAGACCUGCGACAUGUGCCAGUCUACGGCAGCGUCUAUGCAAUUGCUGAUGCAGCAAUCUGUAUCGGCUUCUCUUUUGGUCCAUCUGUUGGAGGUCCCAUUGCAGCGUCACUUGGCUUCCCCUGGCUCAUGACCAUCAUCGGACUAAUUAACAUCGCAUACGCUCCACUCUGUCUGUUCCUCUUCAGCCCAUCUCGACGAGAAGAGCGCUGCGUAAGAUGAGAAUGGCAAAGUCGGUGAGAACUGCAGAACGUGGGGAACAUAGUAGAUUUCCUAACGUGUAAAGCAGCCGUUGCACAAGUCUUUCUCCAUGCAUAAAAAUGACUUUUUGUUUAAGAAUGAGUCUCUCCUGAUUGAAAUGCUGCAUAACACAUCUUUUUGCAAUUUUACCUUUACUUGUACUCGUCUUGUUUUUAACUGGAAGUGGUCUGCUACUGUGUAUUUUUGAACACUGUUCUCAUUGUGUUUUAUUUUGUGUGCACAGGAGUCUUUUAUCCCCUGGCUGUAAGACAAAUCUCAC